UGUUUAGUAAGUAUUCAGUUAAACUCGAGGGCGCACCUGAUGCUCAACGAUAGAGUUUGGUUCGUCUAACCAAUUCGAGUGUGAGCAGAUUCGUACAAAAUCGUUCGAGUGCGAAUAAUCAGUGCCACAAUUCAAUUUGCAUUGGAAGUAUCCAGUCAUUGGAAAGGAGCCAGUUAAAUGGUCGACGAAAAUAUUGGUAAAAAGUGGGGUGAUACCACCUUCGGUGGUUUCAAGUAUCCAACCGGUCGGGACGUCGGCUGGAAAACAGGCGCACGUUGGUUAGAAGGAAAGAGGAAGGAUGACGGUGCCGAAGGACUCUGGAGGAUCGGUGAUAAACUUUACGAUCUCAGCAAAUGGAUAAGAAAUCAUCCAGGCGGUAGUGAAUGGCUCACGCUCACCGAAGGAACCGACAUCACGGAGGCGUUCGAGGCGCACCACAUUACGCUGCUGGCUGAACAACUUUUGCCAAACUUCUACAUCCGGGACGCUGUCACCCCGAGAUCUUCUCCGUUGACUUUUAAGCCUGAUGGAUUUUACCGAAAAUUCAAAGGGCGUGUCAGAGAAGCGCUUAAGGACGUCAACAUUCACACGUCAGCUCGAAGUACCAACUUUAUUGCUGACUUUCUCUUCAUCGUCACGUUAGCUCUUUGCGUGAAAGCUGCCAUAUCCCCAUCGUGGUUGAUGAUCGUAGCGAGUGGAAUUUUUCUAACGUGGACUGCAAUAGUGGGCCACAACUUCCUGCACCAGAGGGACACCUUCCGUAUGUACUACAUGGACUUGAGCCUGAUGUCAUCCAGAGAAUGGCGAAUCAUGCACAUUCUCAGCCACCAUCUCUACACUAACACGAUUAUCGACUUGGAGAUCACUAUACACGAGCCCAUAUUUUACCUUCUGCCUCGCAAGGACAAAUCAUUGAUAACACGUUACUUCUCUUGGAUCUAUUUCCCACUCGUUUACUGCAUCAUUUAUUUCCUCCAUGCAAUAAGAAGAGUCUACAGCAUAUUUUGGGAGUUUGGAGGUCCGGAGCUGAGAGACGCGGUGCCGUUGCUGAUCCCGACUCUGAUGUGUUUGGUGGCACCACCGUCAUCAGCCCUCGUUACCUAUCUGAAAAUAAUCGUGGUAGCCAGUUUCCACUUCGGGGUAGCCGGUCUACACGCGGCUCACCAGCAUCCGGAAAUCUACCACGACGGUGACGUUCGUCGUAAGGAUAUGGACUUUGGUCUAGCCCAGGUGGACACGGUUCGCGAUCGCCUGGAGAUCGAGGCGUCGACUUUCCUCGUUCUGACGAAUUUUGGCUCCCAUACUCUGCAUCAUCUUCUUCCGACUAUCGACCAUACCUACCUUCACCUGUGUCAACCGGCCUUUGAGCAAACCUGCAAGGAGUUCGGAGUCAGCACCGAGACUUGGCCGAUAUGGAAAAUGUGGUGGGGCUUUUUCAAGCAGCUGGAGAACAUUCAACCGAACAAAAUAGAAAGCACAAGAUAAACGAGGCGAUGAUCGAUUAUCUUUCCAUAUCGUACAGAAUUUUAGCGUUUGUCGUUAUUAUCAAUUUUCGUAACGCUGUCAUAUAUGUAUGUAGUUUGUUCCACGGUAUCAGUUAUAUAUGAACAAGGGUCUUGACCUUAACCGAAGUAAUCACAAGAUUUGUUUAUGUAUAUUUUGAGUAAUUAUUAUUAUCACUUUAUAUAAUAUAAUACAAUAUAAUUGACAAUACGUGUUCAUUAUAGUCAAAUGACGCGUGUUUUAUUCUGACGUACGAUUUUAUUAGAAAAAAUUGUUUUUUUUUUUUUUUUUUUUUUGUCGUUUUGUGUGUAUAAUGCAUGAGAAUCGUAUAUGCGCUUAUAUACGUUUGCGAGAUGAAAAUUAAUGAAAAGCCCCGCCUCGGCCGUUCAUGCAUCA